AUGAAGUUCUCCGCUGUCCUCGCUGCCCUCUCGGCCUCUGCCGUCAUCGCCGCCCCCGGCGCCGAGUCCUCCCCCAACAACUUCGGUGCCAUCGAGAAGCGCGCCUCCUUCCCCAUCCCCGCCUCCAAGGGCACCGUCACCUAUAAGGCCGCUCAGUCCGUCAAGGGCACCUUCGAUGGUGGCAUGAAGACCUACGGCCGUGGCGUCAAGUGCACUGGCCAGGCUGAGGGUGGCGACAAGGACGCCGUCUUCCUCCUCGAGAACGGCGCUACCCUCAAGAACGCCAUCAUCGGUGCCGACCAGAUCGAGGGUGUCCACUGCAAGGGCUCCUGCACCAUCAACAACGUCUGGUGGACUGCUGUCUGCGAGGACGCUCUCUCCCUCAAGGGUGACGGCAACGCCUCCAUCAUUGGCGGUGGUGCCCGCGGCGCCGAGGACAAGGUCAUCCAGCACAACGGUCUCGGCACCGUCACCAUUGACGGCUUCACCGUCGUCGACUUCGGCAAGCUCUACCGCUCCUGCGGUAACUGCAAGACCAUGGGCAAGCGCACCGUCGUUGUCAAGAACGUCAAGGCCUACAACGGCAAGAUGCUCACCGGCAUCAACUCCAACAAGGGUGACACCUCCACCAUCACCGGCACCUGCGCCACCUCCGUCAAGGAGAUCUGCACCGAGUUCCAGGGCACCACCCCCGGCAACGAGCCCAAGAAGAUUGGCACUGGCCCGUCCAGCGCCUGCAAGUACUCCACCCUCAAGGCCUGCUAA